AUUGUAAGUUUAUAUCAGUCAAGUAUUCAAGUAAAAAAUGGAUGAAAGUAUCAUCGAGUCGGUUACAAGAGAAAUAUACUACACGCUCAUAAAGACCAACACAUUACAAGAGAAAGACUUUAAGUCCACAGAGAGCAACUAGCUGAUUACAGAGCAACAGAUACAUGUACAAAACGAAUGACGAUAAUAUAUGUUUUCAUAGCUAAUAAGAAAAAUGAGGUUACUUAAAAGAAAAUAUGCAUUUCUAUUUGGACCGCUCUUAGGAUGUAUCUGUAUAUACGUGUACGUAUUUAUGGAACAAUCUGGCAAAGACAAAAUUAUCAACAAAUAUCUUAGAUUUGAUAUGGAUGUAAAGGCGGUACCAUCUCCAUUUUCCUUAUAUGGGAAAGCAGAUCAGAACAUAGUACUGUAUAACAGAAUGCCGAAAUGUGGUUCUUCGACAAUGCAUACUUUUCUGGGAAGACUUAGUCAACUUCAAGGCAAGUUUAGAAUGAAGCAUUCAACAAUAUAUGGAAAAAGACAACUUAGUGAUAAAAAAGACAUAAUUGAUUUUGCGCGGUCUUUGCAUAAUCCUAAUAAUAGUAAUUGCAAAUCACAUAAAUGUGUAUUUGAUCGUCAUAUCCAUUUUGUCAAUUUUGAGGACUUUGGUUUCAAGCAGCCAAUCUACUUCAACAUAAUAAGGGAACCUUUUGAACAACGAUUAUCGGUUUACUAUUACACUUACGCAAAAAGAAAACCUGAAGAACUAACAAAAUUGUUUAGGAGUCACAAGAAUCGAACCUUUGAGGAAUGCAUUCAACAAAACAUAAAAGAUACGAAAGCAGUAGAUAGACAGUGUUUUGUUGACCCAGUCAAACAAUAUGUUAUAUGGUUCUGUGGCCAUGAACCAAACUGUUCAACUAAUAUGGCAUAUGGACUUCAAAAAGCCAAGCACAAUAUAGAUAAGUAUCACAUGCUUGUUGGACUUACGGAAGAAUUUGGACUUACACUGAAAGCAAUGGAGCGAAUACUACCGUCCUUUUUUCUAGGAAUUGGAAAAUUCAAAGCUUCAACAAAAUUGAACAGUGUAAACGAUUCAAAAAAGAAGCGACCUUCAUCAAAGAUGGUAAUUGAAUAUGUGAAGAUGAGAUUGAAAGAAAAUUAUGAAAUAUACAAUUACGUGAAGCAAAAGUUUCAUGCGACUUUGAAAAAGUUAAAUGUGAGUUGAAUGCGAAUCAGCACACGUAUUCAAUGGAAUACAAGGAUAUAUUUUAAUGGCUGGCUAGACCCCAGGGCAAAACUUAAUGUUCUCUUUUUAAAGCUCGCAUGAUAUACAUUGUUCAUGUUAUGAAUACAAGUCCCACAGUCUAUGUAGUAUAUUUAGAUAAUGAAAGUGCAUAACAUUGACAUACUUUUACAUGAUUUUAUACUGAAUUGUAUAAAAAUGUAAUUGGCUCAGCCUAACAAUAUGAUAUUGUAAAAACGGGACUACUAUGAACUAGCUGGGUACUAUCAAACCAAACUAGUUCUCACUACGUUCUCGAAAACAGGCUUCAACUGUGUACGAACGGACUGAACGUACUUAGAACCGUUUGGGGUCUAUUUACAAACUUCAUCGAACGUACUCGAACGGGUAGGUCCUCUAGAACAUGCUCAAAAUAUUCUCUUGGUCGUCACGUUCUAGAAUUAGAACGAGUGACAACCUACUAACGACGAGCUGGACGUACUAUGAACGGAACCGUCGUACUUCAAUCCUACUAGGGACGUGUUUACAACGAGUUUAACUGUCUGAAGACGUAUUGAGAACGAGGUAGAACUUACGCAAUCGGGUUAAAACUGAUUAAGAACGUAUUUAUCAACGAGUUAGCAAAAAUAUAGCUAUCACACCAAGCAAGUAGCCACUGCGUUCUUCAAAACUGGUUUUAAACUGUGUGCGAAUGGAAUGAACGUAGCUACAACGUUCUACGGUCUGUUUACGAACUUCAUGGAUUUUCCCUGACGGGGAAUGUGAUUUAGAAUUUUGAAUCGAUUCGAAAUUCGAUGGCAACCAUACCGUUCUGUAAUCAGGCCAUGAUGACCUUCUAGAAUAAAAGACGCGUUAUACGACGUUGCACACCGACGUGGUGCGACCUGAACGAACUGCGAAUGAGGUGGAUGUAUUGAAGACUGUUUAUGAACGAAGUAGCCAAUUAGUUUAUACAUAUUUCCCGACCACAGCCAGAUUGAGCCCGUUUUACGACGUUUUCGUAGGACUGGCAAGAACGGGUAAGAACUAGUUUGGUGUGUUAGGGGGGUAAUUAUACGCCUACAAUGAGAAGGCAGAAUAAGAUGUUACUCUCCU